AUGCUUAACGAACGCGGCUACUGGGCGAGGUCGGAGGGCGAGGUCCGCGAUAAGACGAAGGGCGAGAAGGAGAUUGUCUGGCCUGCCGCUUGGGCUGUGCACGUCGACUUUUCUGCUGUCACUGGACUUGCCUCGCAGACGGAGAGGUUGAGAGCGCUGGCGGAGGGGAUGGGACUGAAGUUUAUCGCUCUCAAGGCCGAGGACGCCUUCGACCCAACGCUGAGCCGGAGGAUAGGGGCUGCGGCUGGUCUGCCUGUCGAGGAAGGUGAGGGAGAGGGGGUAGCGCUGAGCGUCAAUUUGGCUGAUAUUGGCCUGAACCUUCACAGCGCACCCAAGCAGGACCCCUUGGAGGCGCUUCGGGCGCUGCUCGCCGGACUCCCUGCCCCGAGUCGCCCGACACUGCUUGGACACAUCCUCGACGGUCUUCUCACGCUGGCCGCCACGACAUUGCCGAACGUUGGUGUUCUGCUCGAGGGCGAAACCUCAACACGUCAGGCCGAGCGCGUCAUCGGCGCGACUGCUGGAGGAAGAGGCUGGGCUCUCCCGCUUGAGCUUGCCACCCGCCUUCCGCUCACCACUUCCGCCUCCUCUUCUGAUCCCUCUGUUAAGGCUACGACGCGGGUAGUCCGCAUCAAGCCAAUGAAGGACAUCACCGUGAAGGAGGCUGCGAUCUACUGCCGCACCUCUGGCCUCGAGAGCGUCAACGAGCGCAAGUGGGAUGGCACGGUUGGCGAGCCGCGGCGCGAUGCACGCGGCAAGGGAGCCUUUGCGUCUAUCGAAGCACUGACAGAACGCUUCAUCGCUACGUUGAAUGUCUCGCACCCCUCGACUGUCAAUACCAUCAACCGGACAGGGAACAAGUUGCAGUUCGCUGGCACACCCAACAACGAGCAAACCCGCUGCCCAUUGUGCGAGAUGCCCGUCGAUGACUCGGCGACCGAGUGGAAAGCGCGCGCUUCUCUGACAUCCCUGCCAGGGCGAGGACCAGAGAGGAAGGAAGAGGAGCCGCGGGAGACGGAGCUGAGGCCGCUCCUGUGCUACUCGUGUUUGACAGCUUUCACGCCACUGACGGCGGCCAAGCGCGACCAGCUUGCUGCCGACGUCCCGCUGCCGCUCUGGGUUGGCCCGCAGGUCGCACAACGGAGAGGCGUCUCGGAGGACGAGAUGCGGCGGCAGAUCGACGAGUUCAUCAUUGCGGACGACGAGUAG